CUUCGAGCCACUCUCCUUUAUUUUGCUUUGCUGUCACGAGCAGUUGCAGGCACUUCCAUCGUUUAGUGACUGCGCUGCACCGGCCCUGACCACUUCACCCACAAAACCACAUCACCAUUUUUUUCACCCGCUUCUUCACAACUGGCCGCUGGACGCUGCCACCCCUUUUCAUUCUCUUCGUGGCUACCUCGGCAUUUUAGGGAGCCGACAACACGUUCCCUCAACAAUUACCAAGAGCAGUGACAUGAUCGGGUGAAGCCGACCGACCCGGAUUCCACUUGAUAACGGCUGCUCGCCUCUGGUUUUCUGCGGAAACUUCUGUCGCACUCAAGAAGCAUCGACAGAACAGAAGACAACAACAACAACAACUGCCCAGCUCCCGCAGCAGGACUCGGCGAGGACUGGGGACCAUUUCGAUCUUUUUAUUUCGAUUCUACAGCCCCGUUUUGAACGCUUGAUUGCGUCGACAACUUACAGCAUCUCGCGAGAAUAUUGAUAUCUCGACGACCAGCCCACGACGGCACGACCCCGGCUUGAUUCAGUUCUUAGCAGGACGGCCCCAGGAGAAGUGCAUGCGGGAAUCAGCAAGCGGGACUAACUGAACAUCAUGUCUGCCCCACCAAGCACUGGCGCCGCGGCCGCUGGCGGACAAGGAGGAGCAGCAGGAGCAGGAGCAGGAGCAGCGGCAGGAGGAGGAGCUGGAGGUGGAGCUGGCGAGGCGGCGAAGUCGAGCGUGGACCCGUAUGUGGUCAACGCGAUGCUCUCUCACUAUUUGCUCCUUGUUCUGGGUUGCAUCGGGGUGGCCCUUCUCGCCUGGAGGGUGACUCAGCUGCUGGUCAGGUACGUCCGGACCGUGACCUGCCUCCACAACGACACGCAGCGCUACUUCGCCGAGGCCUCGGGCAAGUACUCGUGGUUCAAGAAGAACGUGCAAUACGCGCCCAUCUUCAGCAAGCGCCACAACCGCGAGUUCCAGCUCAGCUCGGCCCUCAACGUCGGGACUCUGCCCACCCGGAUGCAGCUGGUCUUUCUGGUCGGCUACUUCGCGACCAAUGUGGCCUUUUGCGUCAUGACCAUCGACUUUUCCGGAUCCUUGGGGAGUGUGGCGUCCCUGGUGAGGAACCGGACCGGUUAUCUUUCCGUCGUCAACAUGAUUCCGCUCUUCCUGAUGGCCGGCAGAAAUAACCCGCUCAUCACCCUCCUCGGCAUAUCCUUUGACACCUUCAACCUCCUCCACCGAUGGCUCGGCCGCAUCGUGAUGCUCGAGGCCGUUGCCCACACUCUGGCUUUCCUCAUCAGCAACGCCUCGAGGAGCAGCUGGGCCGGCGCCUUCGACACGACCUUCAAGGUUCCCUUCUUGAUGUGGGGAUUCAUCGCAACCGCCGCGUUCGUUGCCAUUUGCAUCCAGGCCUCCAGUAUCUUCCGCCACGCCUACUACGAGACCUUCAAGCUCGCACACAUCGCCCUCGCCAUCCUCUCCAUCAUCGGCCUAUGGUACCACCUCGACCUCAAGAAGCUCCCGCAGCUCAAGUAUCUCUACGCCGUAGUGGUGCUGUGGGUCUUCGACAGGGCUGCGCGGCUCAUCCGGCUCGCGUACCGCAACGUCGGCGCGGGCGGCACCAAGACGCUGGUCGAAGCCCUUCCCGGCGGCGCAUGCCGCGUGACCGUCACCAUGGCGCGGCCGUGGGACUUCAAGCCGGGCCAGCACGCAUACCUGUACAUGCCGACGAUCGGCUACUGGCAGUCGCACCCCUUCACCGUCGCCUGGAGCGACGAGUCCGACCACCAUUCGGCCGAGGAGAAGCUGCCGAUGCGCCGCCAGGACAUCCUGGGCAACAAGAAGACGACCUUCUCCUUCAUUGUCCGCGGCCGCACCGGCUUCACUGGGGCCCUGUACAGCCGCGCCGCGGCCCAUCCCGACGGCAAGAUGGUCACGCGCUGCCUGGUCGAGGGCCCCUACCGCGGCUCCAGCCGGCUGCACUCGUACGGCACGGUCAUGCUGUUCGCCGGCGGCGUGGGCAUCACGCAGGCGGUGCCGCACGUGCGCGACCUCGUGGCGGGCUACAGCAACGGCACCGUGGCCACGCGCAAGGUCAUCAUGGUGUGGACGAUCCAGUCGCCCGAGCAUCUCGAGUGGAUCCGCCCGUGGAUGACCGAGGUGCUGGCCAUGGAGAAGCGGCGCGAGGUCCUGCGCAUCUUGCUCUUCGUCAGCCGCCCGCGCUCCACCAAGGAGAUCCACUCGCCCAGCGCGACCGUCCAGAUGUUCCCCGGCCGGCCCAACAUCGACACCCUGCUGGGCCACGAGAUGGAGAACCAGAUCGGCACCAUGGCGGUGUCGGUCUGCGGCCCGGGAGCGCUGAGUGACGAGGUGAGGAGGGCGGUGAGGAGCAGGCAGUAUCAGGGGAAUGUGGACUUUGUCGAGGAGGCGUUUUCGUGGUAAGAGAGGGGCAAGCGACUCGAGAAGAGAAGGGGGGGCGGGGAACCCGCCGGAGAUUUUGAGAUUUUGGGGAGUUGGAUUUGGGACGAGCUCUGCUAUCAUGGUGCGUGUGCCUGUCCUGUCCUGUCCGUCUGUUCUCUGUUUGGCUGUCCAACUUGGCCAUGGCGGCGGCGGCGGCGGCGGCGGCGUUGGUGGCGGAGCGUCGAGGACGAUUUUUCUUGUACAUUGUUAGCUUUUUCCGUGUGUAUUGUUGGCGGAUCGGUACAUAUUUACAUGGCUUCAGCUUCCAUGGUACUGUU